AAUGGCCCCAACAAAACGAAAAGCAGAUACUUUAGAAGAUCGUCCAUCUUCUUCAAUAUCUAAUAUAUCUUCCUCUUCAAAAUCACCUACAGAUAAACAACAACAACAAUCAUCACCUUCUACCCCCAAAAAUAGUAUUUAUAAAAAAAGAGGGCAGAGAUUUGUAGUGGAAGAUUCUACAAGUAUGGAGAAAUUUAUACCAUGUGCAAUAAUCAAGGAAGGGGAACUUGUUGAUUUGGAAUUAGAAGGCAAGAAAAAUAAAAUUGUCCGUAGAAUUUUGAAAGAAGCAAAAGGAAACAUAACAAUUUAUGUGAGAGAAGGCGAUAAUGAUAAACGAAUUGUACCAUUUUUCCGGGAAGCUUCUAUUUUUAGCAAUUUUCAUCCAGUAACGUUUAAUGUUGCUUCUCGUGAAUUUUGUUGCAAUGAACAAUUCUUUCAUUAUUGCAAGGCAAUCUCUUUCGGUGAUCGAGCAAUUGCAGAUAAAAUAAUGCAGACAAAAUCCCCAAAAUCUCAAAAACUUCUGGGAAGACGUAUAGAAGGAUUUGAUCCUUCGUUAUGGGAGCCAAUUUCUAUUUUAGCAAUGGUGAUUGGAUUGAUGAGAAAAUUUCAACAAAAUGAGUCAAUCCGCAAAGAUUUAUUAGCUACAGGGGAUGCUGAGUUAAUCGAAGCUAGUCCUUUUGAUGAAAAAUGGGGAGCUGGAAUAGGAGCAAAUCAAAUAAUUGCAGGGGAGGACUGGGAAGGAACAAACUUUUUGGGUAAGAAUUUGUUCUGA